AUGGACCGUGUUUUCUUUUAUCGAGAGUACACAGAGGGUAUCAGCACAGCUAUCAAACAACAGAGACUCUCUAGAAUUACACAAAACAUCACCACCUUCAAUCAAAACUACCGAGGACACAAAGACGACAACGACGCAGAUGAAGAUGAAGAUAACAAUGACGAUGAGGACAUCGAAGAUGAAGAUAACAAUGACGACGAGGACAUCGAAGAUGAAGACGACAACGACGAUGAAGACAAUCACGAAGUUGAAGACAACAAUGACUAUGAUCACUCUAUGAAAUCCUCCCCCAACCAUCUUGUCGAGGGUGAGACCUCGGAUCAGGAACCCCAGGAGAGAGAUCAGAUCGCUCUUGAUGCAUCCUCCAACACAAACCUGACAUCUCCGCGGCCCGAAGUUAGUGAUGAGAUUUCAAGGCUAUUCGAUUGCUUGAUAAAUGUGCCUCAUUUAUUGGCUUACGGGGAUACUGCGAAGCUUCUUUCUUACUGCAAGGAUAAUUGGGAACUUGAGACUGAGGAGCAAACACUGAUGCUUCUAUCAGUGGGACUACGACAAGGGACUUUGGGUGUGCAUAAUGUUGAGUUUGGGAAUGAUAGAGCUCUUUACGGACACUUCACGGCCAUAUUUUGCUGUCUUCAUGAUGACCCAAGCUCAGGUGGCUUCAACAAUCUUCACAGCAACAUCAGACGUGCAUUGGAUUUUGCCUCGAUCUGCAGCCGAACUCUACGUACUUGA